UACGGAUAUUCCAAUGAUAAACCCAAGGUCUUCCUCGCGUCAAUGAGCGAGUUAGGGAUAGAGUAGAGAGCGAGAGAGAGAGCCAAAAACCCUAGCGGGAGCUCACUCUCUGUCUCCACUAUAAACCCUUCUUUACUCUACUCAACUCUUUCUUUCAACCUGUUAGUUUUGCAUAACAGCGAUCUACUAGCGGUGCGUAUUAGUUAUCUCUGUUUCUCCCGUUUCUCCGAAUCGAAGCGGAUCCAUUGUUCGACGGCCUCUUCUUUGAUCUUGGUUUCCAAUGGAUUUUGUUGCUGCUCAUGCAUUUUGAUUUUCUUUUUAUAGGGCACUGAUUGGUUCAGUGUCGUUGCAUUGAGGAGGUAGAACCUGGAAAUUUAGGUGGUACAUAUCUUGUGUUCUUGCAGUUCACAAUGAUUGCUGCUCAGACUGUUACAGCAAAGAAGUUGAAGAUUAAGUUUUCUUCCCAAAUAUCAGAAUCUGCUCCUGGGAUAAAGGCAUGUGUGUCGGCACGUCAUGCGGCUGAGAAUUAUCAUCAUUGGUCUGAUGAGACACGGAAUAUGAAGCAGAAACCUACGGGGUCAGGGUCUAAUAAACGUGGCCCGCCAUUGAUCAUGGAGGCUGAACCACAGAAGAGGCAGAAGAUGGAUCGCAGUGUGACACAGCAGUGUUCUUCACUUGUAAAAUCACUCAUAAAUAAUCCGUGUGGUUGGGUUUUCAAGGAUCCAGUGGAUCCAGUGGCACUGAAUAUUCCUGACUAUUUUUCAAUUAUAUCAAAACCCAUGGAUUUAGGGACAGUAAAAUCCAAGCUUGAGAAGACUAUGUAUUCUGGAACCAACGAGUUUGCGGCUGAUGUCAGAUUGACUUUCUCUAAUGCCAUCCUAUAUAAUCCUCCAUCAAAUUAUGUCCACAAAAUGGCGCAGAAACUGAAUAAGAUUUUUGAGACCAGGUGGAAAUCUCUCCAGGCGAAAUGGAAUCAUGAAAUUUCAAAUCCCAGCAGUGGAAAAGUUUUGACUGGAAAGCCAGAGGAAGUCAGUGAUAUAAGAAAGAAUUGUCCUGGAACAGCCCCUCUUCACAAUGCUGUUUUAGCUAAAAGGGAAAAAUCAUCAAAGGCAACAAAUAAUUUAUCACAUGCUAGAAAAGAAGUAAAACUUUCUAAGCCAGGGGAGAGUUGUGUUCGCAAGGUGAUUGAACGAGAUUCUAACAAAGGCACUAAUAGUGGUGGUCGACGUGCUUGUGGCUCUGCCAAUGUCAAGCAAUCAUUGAGCCCUGUUGUUAGUGGAUGUGGCACAUGUGGGAGUAUUACCUGCCAGUGUAGCCUUCGUAGCGACUCCACCCAUGCUUCCUCAGAUAUAUCAUCUGAGAGGUCAUCAGGCAGAGAUAACCAUGCAUGCAGCACAGAGCCAUCAGUAUCGGGUUGUCAGGGGAAGCACAUGUCAACUUCACAGAUAAGCAAGUCAGAUCCAGAUUCUGAUGGGGCUGUAAGUGCUUUGGAUGAUGAAAAUAUAUGCCCCAGUUCUCAGCUUACGACUAGUGCAACAGAUGCAACUUCUGCAGAAGGAUGGAGACAACCUAUUUUAGAUGUACAAUUGUCUCCGACAAAGGCCCUUCGAGCUGCAAUGCUAAAGCAUCGAUUUGCAGCCACAAUCUUGAAAGCGCAGCAUAAGACACUCCUGGAUCAAGGUGAUAAGGCUAAUCCAUUGAAGUUGCAGCAGGAAAAGGAAAGAUUGGAGAAGAGGCAGCAGGAAGAUAAGGCUUUGAUUGAAGCCAAAAUUAGAGCUGCUGCAGAUGCUUCACGAAAGAGGGAAGAAGCUGAGUUGAAAAGGCAACGUGAGAAAGAAAGGGAAGCUGCUCGAGUUGCAUUGCAGAAGAUGGAAAAAACUGCUGAGAUAGUGCAGAACCUUGACGUUUUAAAAGAACUUGAGAUGCUUAGUGGGGGUACCUUAUUCUACAAAUUUCAUGUUGAUAGCAGAAGAGCUGGAAACGUGGCUGGAGACCCUCGUAGCCCAUUGGAAAAACUGGGUCUGUUCAUUAAGGAUGAUGCUGGUGAAGAGGAUGAGAUAUUAAAUAGGGAUGAAGAGGAAGGCGAAAUAUUUCCAUGAAAUAUUUAACCCAACAUGAUGAGCUAUUUUUCUUUUCUUCUUUCUGUCUGUUAAUAGCUUUUGGCAGUUAGGCGAAGAGACAUUAUAUUUGUAAAUGGAUGUAUUUUUGUAGAGAUAUGGGUGAAAACCCUGUAGUCAAUGCAAGUCUAUAAAGGGUCGGUAUAAUAUAGUCGACUGGUUUACCUCUGUUCUGUGCUAUGAUUAAUUUUUGUCAGCGUAAAUCUAAAUGUUUGGCAUUGUCUUGACGUGAAAUGAAUGAUUUGAUUAAAGUUUGAAA